GUUUUUAAGAAAGAAAAUGGUGGAAAUGGGUUUUAUUUUCUCGUGCGCAGCUGUUCGUUUUUCCUUGAAUUCUUUCUGCAAUCUUUAAUUUUCCAUUUCUUGUUCUCUGCUUGCUCAAUUGGUUCCGUUCUUCGAUCUGAUCACAUACCUAUUGUAUUUGGAAGGCCAACUUAUCGAGUGGCUCUAAUCUCAUAGGGGUUUCUUCGAAAUGCCUGUGAAAUCUGCACAAUCUUCUUAUCGGGAUCGCACACAGGAGUUCAUCACUGUAGUAGAGAGCCUUAAGAGAUCGUUUUCUUCGGCUUCAAAUGGACAAAGCAGUAGCUCGAAAUCAGAGGUAUUGCGAUCUGUGGCCUCCAUCCAGUCAGAGUUCAAGAAGAGGGCUUCUAAGAUCGGAUAUGGGAUCCAUCAGACAUCACAGAAACUUUCCAAGCUUACAAAAUUAGCAAAGAGGACAUCAGUUUUUGAUGAUCCAACCCUGGAGAUCCAAGAGCUGACUGCAGUUAUCAAGCAGGAUAUUACUGCACUAAACUCAGCCGUAGUGGACCUGCAGCUUGUCUGCAACUCCAGAAAUGAAAAUGGGAACAUCUCUGCUGACACCACAAGCCACUCAACAACAGUUGUGGAUGACCUGAAGAACCGGUUGAUGAGUACCACGAAAGAAUUCAAAGAAGUCCUUACAAUGCGGACUGAGAAUAUGAAGGUUCAUGAGAAUCGGAGGCAGUUGUUUUCUUCCACUGCUUCUAGGGAUUCUACAAAUCCUUUUGUCCGGCAGCGUCCAUUGGCUUCCAAGCCGGGUGCUAGUACCUCAACCACCCCACCCCCUCCAUGGGCAAAUGGAUCAGCAUCUUCAUCACAAUUGUUUCCUAGGAGGUCAACGGAUGGGGAUACACAACCAUUGCUACAGCAGCAGCAGCAUCAGCAACAACAACAUCAGCAGUUAGUUCCGUUACAAGAUGGUUACAUGCAAAGUAGAGCGGAAGCUCUUCAAAAUGUGGAGUCAACCAUUCAUGAGCUGAGCAACAUUUUCACCCAACUGGCUACCAUGGUUUCUCAGCAAGGAGAACUUGCCAUCAGGAUUGAUGAGAACAUGGACGACACGCUGGCAAACGUUGAGGGGGCACAGGGGCAGCUUCUGAAGUAUCUUAACAGCAUCUCAUCCAACCGUUGGUUGAUGAUCAAAAUAUUCUUUGUAUUGGUUGUAUUCCUCAUGAUUUUCUUAUUUUUUGUAGCAUAAAAAAUGUUGUAAAUAAUCAAAACUAGAAAUGGAAGGAAAAACGUCAAUGCCUUUCCAAUGGUGAUAAUUGGGUGCAUUUUUUUUGGUCUGAUUUACAUUCAAAAAUUACAUUUGCCGGUGAUUUAUGCAUGUACAUUACAAGUAGAA